AUCUCCCCUCUCAUCUCCCCUCUCAUCGCCUCUCUCACGUGUCUCUCGUUGGCUCUCACACGUCUCGGCUCCCUCGUAUUUUCCUCAAGUCCCCUCAAUCUCCUCGUCUCCCCUCACCUCUCACCUCCUUAUCAUCCUCCCAUUUCUCUCAUAUUUUCCUCACUUCUCACCUCCCUCAUUUACACCUCACCUUCUCUGGCGUCUCCCCUCACCGACCCCUCACCUCCCUAAUUUCUCCCCUCCCUCCCCUAAUUCCCCUCAUCUUCCCUCACCUCUCUCAUUCCCAUCAUCUCCCCUCCACCUCCCUUCAUCCACCCCUCACCUCCCUCACUUCUCAAAGAAUCAUCUCCCUUAGAUUCCCCAACAAGGCCCUCACCUCUCGUCAUCAACCUCGUCAACUCCCCCCUUCCCACCACCACCGCCACCAUCAUCAUCAUCUUCGUCAUGGACGUGGUGAAGGCGUCGCUCGUGUGCUUCAGCCUGCUCUUCUGGCUGUCCGGCCUGGCCACGCUCUCGCUGGGCCUGUGGGCCCGCCUGGCCCUGUCCAUCUACCUGGAGGAGCUCACCACGGGCGACUACAGCAGCGCGCCCUACGUGCUGCUCGCGGCCGGGGCCGCCGUCACCGCCUGGGGCUUCCUCGGCUGCUUCAGCGCGGCCACCGGCAACCCCCGCCUGCUGCGGGUCUACGGCCUCUUCCAGGUCGCCGUGCUCGUGGCCGGCCUCGCCGCGGGCCUCUCGGGCCUCUUCUACCGCCGCGACAUCGCCGAGGGCUUCCGCCACGGCCUCGCCCGCGCCCUGCGGCUCUACGGGGACGACGACGCCAAGAGUGCGGCCAUGGACGGCCUGCAGAGGGCCCUGGACUGCUGCGGGGUGGACGGCUUCCAGGACUGGCUGCCGGCGCCCUGGUCCCGGGGCCGCCUCAACAACGGCUCGGUGCCCGAGAGCUGCUGCGUUCGCCGCCGCGGCUGCCGCAGCGACCCCGUGGGCCCCGCGGGCGAGGGCAUCUUCCCCGACGGCUGCUUCACCAAACUCGUCGACCUCGUGAGCGACAACCUCUUCUACAUCGCGUGCGGCGCCCUGGGCCUCGCCUUCACGCAGAUCAUCGGCAUCGCGCUCGCCUGCGUGCUCGCGGCGCGCAUCGAGGCCGGCCCGGGGCCCGAGGGCGACCGCGACACCCUGUCUUAGGAGGGGGUGGCCCUCUCCCCGCCCUGCCACUCAACUCCACCCCGAGGAUCGGGACGCAUCUCUACCAAAGGGGCCCCAGGCCACGGGCCCGAGGGGACCCGGAGGGGCUCCAGAGAGCCUUGCAAAGGGACCGGGGCUGGGGGGGGGGGGGUACAGCAAUACCACGCCGUCUUCGGGUGGUGCCAUCCUAAUGGGAGCCCAGAGACCCAAAGGGACCGGAGGGGCCCGGCGGUGGGUUGGGGGGGGUCCUCGGAGGAGACACAGAAGACCCCGACGGUGAGGGGGACAACCCCUGCUGACUGGACCCAGAGGACCAAGGAGGUCCAGUGAGUAACCGCGUGGGGAUCGCCACGAGAUCUCCUACGGGGUCCCGGGGGAGACUUAGGGAGGGUCAAGACGAACGUCUGCUGAGAGGCCAAGGUGGUCCGAGGGGGCUGAAGGGGGCUCGUGGGCACGCGUGAAUCGUGAACACAGCGCGUGUGGGUGCAGCGGGUCGCGUGCCCGGGGUGCGUGUGUCACGUACACCGUGUGCUCAGGGGAGGCAGCGUUGAUUCUACACCAAGAGGCCGAGGGGGGGGGGGGGGCACCCAAACCAGGCCCCCCACCAGUCCCCGGCCCUUAGGGGCCCCGCGUGGACGGGAUAGGAAGGGGGGGGGGGGUGGCGGUCGUGUAAUCUGUUGUCUCUUCCGUGACCUCACCCGGUGAAUGGGGGGCACGCGGGAGGGUGGAGGGGGUGGAUACUGCCCCCCGCACCUUGUCCGAACUUAAAACCGCAACUGGCCAUGUGUGGCCUUGAACCCCGUGCACCCCCCCCCCCCCCCCACGUGACUUGUUCAUCUUGAUCGGAAAAUAAAACGCGGUUACUGCUCACAGCAUGGGCAGCGCGUGGUGAGUGCGGUGAGGGUGGUGUGGUGAG